AAGAGAAGUUAAACGAAGCAAAGGACCGUAAAAUUGGGAGACGUCAAUGUCCAUCACCAAGACCAAGACCAAGAGGAGACAGUUGGCGCCAAAAAGGUGACAUUAUGUGGGUGACAGACCUUAAAGGGGAGUUUUAUAACCUUCUCAACCGCCAGUCUCCCACUCGCAUCUUGGUGUUGGUUCACUAUGACCUUGACGGGAUCUGCGCCUCCAAGAUCCUGCAGGUGCUGUGCCGCUCCGACCACAUCCUAUACACAGUUGUUCCGGUUCAGACAGCCUCAGAGCUGGUCGAGGCUUUCCAGCAACACGCAGAACAGAUGAAGUAUGUGCUGCUGGUGAACUGUGGCGGCUGUCUGGACUUGGUGGAGGUGCUGCAGCCGCCCCCAGAGAUGGUGUUCUUCGUAGCCGACAACCACCGCCCGCUCCACGUGUGCAAUAUCUACAGCUCCAGCCAGGUCCGGGUGCUGACACAGUUGGAGGAUGAAGAGGAGGUCCCGGCCUUUGACGAUGUGUUCCGGGUUGAUGAGAGUGAUGAGGAUGACAGCGACGAUGGAGGGGGAGGGAGCAGCGACGAGGAGGAGGGGGGGCGGAGUAAGAGGCGGAGGCUGAACGAGGAGAUGCUGGAGAAGAGGCACCAGCGGAGAUUGUGGGAACAGCAGCGACACAAGCUUCUCUUCGACUACACACAGUUCUCCUACUACGGGAAAUCUACAGCGCUCCUGAUGUUCGAGUUGGCGUGGAAACUCUCGAAGGACACCAAUGAACUCCUCUGGCUUGCCAUCGUUGGAGUGACGGAGAUGAUGCUGCACGAGAAAUCCGAGCAGGCCAAGUACCUCCUGACCUCCGCCACGCUGCAGACCCACGUGUCCCGCCUCAACCCCAAGACGGCUGGGGAGAAGACGCGCCUCCCCUCAGAACGCCUGCAGAUCACCUUCGAAUCUGACCUCUCUCUGGUCCUGUACCGCCACUGGACGCUUCUGGAUAGCAUGCGGCACUCGGUCCACCUGGCCAUGGCCCUGCGCCUUUGGACUCGCAAGGGGGAGAACAGACUACAUGAGCUGCUAGUGGACAUGGGCCUCCCUCUCGUCCAGUGCCGGCAGCUCUUCUUCGGGAUGGACGCCGAGUACCGUAAGAACCUCCACAAGAUGCUCAAGGAGAAGGAGGAGAAGUAUGACCUCGAGCAGCUCUUCUACAUGACCUUCACCGCCACCAUGGGCUUCCGCAGCAAGAUGUGUUCCGCCGACUAUGUUCACUCCGCUGCUUCUCUGAUGGAGCGUCUGGACCCUGAGGAACCGCCAGCUACGGGUUUUCUGAUUGCCUCGGAUGCCCUGGACCUAAGUAAGCCGGAUGUGCUCACUCGCGGGAUUGACUUUCGGAAGCUGCAGUUACGCGCGAUCUACCAGCAGGUCCACGCCUUCCUCGCCAUGAACCAGGUGAUCUGUGCCGGCCCCUUCCUCUACGCCACUGUGCUGCAGGGAACGCCAGAUGCCAAGUUCUUCGCAGCUCCGCACAGCCUCAACCUGCUGGCCACCUACACUCUGAGGGCCCACGUGACAGUCUCCCGCAGCCGCAAGUGUCAUGCCCUGCCCCUCAUCCUCACCUCCCCCGACGUGAGGUUCCCCGACCGAGACUACUGCCUGGUGUGCGGAAUUCCCCCCUUCUCGGAAACGUCGAAGAGGAAUCUCCUGGGGAAGGCAUUUGAGCAAGCAGCUGAGAAGACCGGCGCUCGGGCAGACCUGGACUUUUUCGACACAAAUGUGAUUGGCCUGUGUGUGGAGGACCGGAGCAAGUUCUUUGACGCCCUCAUCUCCCUGCUCAGCUGAGGCCGGAGGAGCCGCAGCCAAGGUGUGGAGGAAAGGUUGAUCUUUUGUACCAAAGGGAAGGGUCUUUUUUUUAUCUAAAGAUCUCAAUAUAUGAUUUUUUUUUUCAUGUUUACAUUAAAGCUAAAAUGAAUUGUUUUGUUUUUCAUUAUUCUUUUUGAGGAGUUAUUGUCAACUGUCUUGCCAGAAAAUAAAGUGAUCAUUUCCAUAAUGGCGUUGCAGUCACAAAGACUCUGCUGUGAAGUCCCAUCCCAUCACAGUUGUGCCAGCGCUGCACCAGCCCCGGGCAGGCAGGUACAGUACAGCAUGGGGUGUGGCGGCUGUCCUGCCACUGUGCUACAUAGCACUCACAGGGGGCUGGUUGGCUUGGGUUUCCCUUGUCCGACUGAGCUGAAGGUAGUAGGACAGGCGCUCCAUCAACAUUCUGUUUUCCUCUCGGAGGCGAUUCUGUUCCUGAAGGAGGUCUUCAAAACUUCUGUUGAGAUCACUUUCCCGGAAGUGAGUUCUUCUUGCCCUGGCCAACCUCCUGUCAAUGAUUGAUGAAAGUCCCUCCUGGCCGGCACGUGACCCAGCAGCGUCUGCAGCUGCCCAGAGCUGGUUGGGGUGAACAUUCACCCUCACCACCCUGGGGCUGCUGCUGCCGCUGCCAUUAACAGCUGGGGUGCUCGAGUCCAGUCGUGGCCUCUUGCUUUCCUGGUCAGCACCGUCCCUGGCCUCGGGGCUUAGCGGCCGCCUACGGGUUGAGUCGACAGAGCUGCCUGCCUGAGCAGCCAAGGCCUCAGUGCUGACAAGCUUGUUUGUGGCGGCCCUGAUGGUGGACGGAGCCACGACCUCUUUGGGUCCCAUCGUGAUGGUUGGCAAGUAGGAACCGAUUACUACUGAGGCCGCAAAUGACGACACCCGGCCCAGGUCACAGCUCACACUGGGGGCAAAGGCCCCAUGGCCCCGGCCACUGCCUGGCACCCUCACCAAGGAGCGUGGCACACCCUUGUGUAUGAAAUCUGCAACCAUUAUGGGGAAGGGAGGAUGAGUACCACCCCAGCAGUAUUAAAAGAAGAGUGGUUUCAAGAACCCACCAGGGAACAACCCCAGCAGUGUGAAAAGUAGUUUCAAGAACCCACUGGGGAAUGCCCCCAGCAGUGUGAAAAGUGGUUUCAAGAACCCACCGGGGAACAACCCCAGCAGUGUGAAAAGAAAAGUGGUUUCAAGAACCCACCAGGGAACAACCCCAACAGUGUGAAAAGAAGUGGUUUCAAGAACCCACUGGGGAACAACCCCAGCAGUGUGAAAAGAAAAGUGGUUUCAAGAACCCACUGGGGAACAACCCCAGCAGUGUGAAAAGAAAAGUGGUUUCAAGAACCCACUGGGGAACAACCCCAGCAGUGUGAAAAGUGGUUUCAAGAGCCCACCGGGGAACAACCCCAGCAGUGUGAAAAGAAGUGGUUUCAAGAACCCACCAGGGAACAACCCCAGCAGUGUGAAAAGUGGUUUCAAGAACCCACUGGGGAACAACCCCAACAGUGAAAAGAAGUGGUUUCAAGAACCCACCGGGGAACAACCCCAGCAGUG